AUGAAAGCCGUGCAUCCCAGGCUCGAACCCACCGAGAGCCCUCCCCCGGACAUUCCAAUCGCUUCAGUCAGUCUUCCUCCCACCGACGGAAAUGCCAAGUCUAAUCGCCUAAAGCUCCAACCCGUGUCUGGUGAUACUGUCCUCAUCUCCUAUCUUGCCAACGGAGGUAAUCCCGAGGUAACACAUACCGCGAGCCACCAGGCGCUGCCCGGCGGAGAUGACCUUGAUACCACCGAAGACGACGACGACUCCCAGAAGAGUGUCCCCCAAGACGACAAGCAGUUGAACGAUGUCGAUCUUGUCCAGCGACCGCAGACCACCAGAAGCGAUACCACCAGAAGCGAUGGCACGCAUCAUCUCCAAGCUUUCGCUGCCGGGGCGUUGGCGUUCGACUCGCCUUACCACGGCCAAAAUAGGGACCUGACAGCCUCGACAAGCCAACUCUCCAUUCGUGACGACGGCCCCAAACACUUCGACGGUCCAUCACCACACAGGCUAAGCGGACGCCGCAGCGCAUCGGAGAAUGGCGCGCAGUCUUUAUUAUCGCCCGAGUCCGGCGAGCUGGCCCCCUUGCAGAUAGCCUCGUCCAAGACCGAUAGCAAUAGCGGCCAGAACAUGAGCCUGCCGUCGAUUCGUGAAUUGGAUAUUGAGGGUCAAUUCGCAACAGAGAUGCCUCCACCAUCCGGCGACAGGGACCUGUCAAUGCGCCCGCCCGGCGACGCGCGAGCGUUUCCUCGGUCCUCCAACAACGUAGGUGUCUCGCGCCUCCAGUCAAUGCCUGUCCAGCCAAUGCCUGCCGGUGGUCGUGUGUCACCCCCAAUAUCCUCCCCCAGUGAAGGAUAUCAGCGCAGCUUCCCGUCUCCCAGCUCCCUCGCCUCUAGCCCGUACGGCCACGCCUCCAGCGGAUCCUCGCAUCGCUCGCCCGCCGAGUACCAUCUCAGCAACGCCUCCAAUAAGAGCCUCCAGCCCAACUACCUUGCCUCGCCGCCGGCUGCCAUCGCGUCUGUAGCGGAUCGUAUGAGCAUCGACGGAAUUACUAAUCCCCAGGUUGGAGGCUACAAGUGCACGUUUGACGGGUGUACUGCUGCGCCGUUCCAAACUCAAUAUCUUCUCAAUUCCCACGCUAAUGUGCAUUCUUCAGCCCGCCCACACUACUGCCCCGUCAAGGGCUGUCCCCGCGCAGAAGGUGGGAAAGGCUUCAAGCGCAAAAAUGAGAUGAUACGGCACGGGUUGGUGCAUGACUCGCCUGGAUAUGUCUGUCCCUUUUGUGCAGAUAGAGAACACAAGUAUCCAAGGCCAGACAAUUUGCAGAGACACGUUCGCGUACAUCAUGUUGAUAAAAAUAAAGACGACCCUCAGCUGAGAGAUGUGUUAGCACAGCGUCCAGAUGGUCCUAAUCGUGGUCGACGAAGAAGAGGACCGCAGCCCUGA